AUGGUGGGAAGAAUGAGAGAGAGCUCAGCUUCACCGAAUGGUUCAUUUACUAGUGCCAUGACACUUACUGAAGAGGGACUAACCUAUGUUCCCAAGCGUUACAUUCUUCCACCAUCCCUACGCCUUGAUGGAACCCUGUGUAACACAUGCUUGCCAAUUGUGGAUCUAUCCAAUCGGAAACACCCUCUUCUUCGGCCUCAGAUAAUCCACGAAGUACACCUGGCUUGCAAGGAAUUUGGUUUCUUCCAGGUAGUUAACCAUGGAAUCCCAUUGUCAGUUAUGGACGACGCCAUAGAUGCUGCGAGUGAAUUCUUUGAUUUACCAACUCAAGAUAAAAGGCCGCUCUGGCGGGAGGAAUCCCGCUGUGGCGAGGCCGCCAGAUAG